AUGGUUAACUAUUGUUGUGUAUAUGGUUGCGGUCGAAACAGUAGGCUUAACAAACAUUUAAAUUAUUAUAGCUUGCCAAAAGACAGACACCGUCAAAUUGAAUGGCUCAAAGCAGCAUGUAGAGAGGAUUUACUUAAAAAGAAGGAGGAAAAGGUAGCAGUAUCUUAUCGCUUUUGUUCCCGACACUUUCCUCCAUCCAGCAUCAAAAAUAGACAUCUAUGCUCUGAUGCAGUGCCUACUCUAUGCCUUCCUGGAACUUGGAGUGACGAGGAAAUAAAAAGUGAACCUGCGGUGCACAGUGAUAUAGUUUGUAAUAAUUGCAACAAUCCAAUCUUGGGCUUCCGUUACAAAUGUGUCAAUUGCGAUGAUUAUGAUCUCUGUCAAAAGUGCGAGAUGCAAGAAGCACAUCCAGACCACUAUAUGCUAAGAAUGCCGAAGCCUUUUAAAUUUAAAUUAGCUGACAAUCUCAUUAAAAAAUGGCGUAAAUUGUUUAAAGCGACGCAUGUGACUCCGAUCUCUGCAGACAACAGUGAAGGUGAGGAACAGGAAGAUUGCAGUAUGUCAAGUGAUGAUGAACCUAUCACAAAAUAUACAAAAAACUAUGACAGUGGGGUUGAUUUAUCUGAAGAUGUAAAAUUGAUGAUACGCAAAGAAAUAGACCGUGCUUUAAAAGUUAAAUCAGCAGAUGUAGGAAAGUAUGAGACUGUUAAAAAAGGCGAAGCAUUAAUUAAAAAAAGGAUUAAUGAAGACAUUGUACGGCCCAUUAAAAGAAAUAGAAUAGGGGAACAAUUAGAUACAGCAGGGAAAGAACCAAGUGAAAUAAUUACUAUUGGAACUCAAAACUUAAUGCAAGACUUGGUGUUUGCAGAUGUAAAUGAAAUAAAAGAUGAUCAAAUUACUGAGGCUAAGUAUGAAUUGCCAGACUCAACUUUUAUACCAGAUUCGAAUGACGUGGUGUACGUGAAAGUGAGUGAUGAUUUAUCUCAAUUAAUGAUAGAGAUGACAAAAGAUGAUAAAAAGGUAGUAUACAAAUAUGGUUAA